CAGCCGCGAUGGACUCCAAGCAAAGAACAGAGCUUUUUGUGGUAGGAUUAAACUUUUGGCAUUAGUGUUUAGUUGUAAAAUUUUAGGACAAACGUUGAAAAAAAGCAUCAGAAGUGUUCGCCUCAGUGCCUGUUUUCACAGUUUUGGGAGUUGAACACCUCGCAAAGACUCUGGAAGAUGCAUAACCAAUACACAUCAGUGAGCCCCACCGACGGCAUCGCUGUGAAGGCUGAGAAUGGACCUCAACCAAAGAAGCACCGCUACAUACGCAAAGAGGGCAGCUGCAACGUCGUGUUUCGCCACGUUCCCGAGGAGUGGCUGCUGUUUGUGACCGACAUCUUCACCACCUUGGUGGAGAUCAGAUGGAGGGUGAUGUUCCUGAUCUUCGCCCUGUCUUACAUUCUGUCUUGGCUUUUCUUCGGCAUCAUCUACUGGGUCAUCGCGCUCGCUCACGGUGACACCAGAAACGUCACGAGUGAAAGUCAUCCCUGCAUGGACAACGUGCACAGCUUCACAGCUGCGUUCCUCUUCUCGCUUGAAACUCAAACGACCAUUGGCUACGGCUACAGAGGAAUGUCCGAGAACUGCAUGAUCGCCAUCAUCAUCGUCACGAUACAAGACGUCAUCAGCUGCUUCAUAGACACGUUUGUCAUCGGAAUUGUUGUCGCCAAAAUGGCCUCGGCCAGGAAGAGGGCGCAGACGGUGGGCUUCAGCAACUGCGCCGUCAUCAAUCUUCGCGACGGCUACUUGUGUCUUUCCUGGAGGGUCGGGGACUUCCGCCGGCACCACCUGGUGGAAGGGAUGGCUCGCGCCCAGAUUGUCCGCUCCACGGUGCACGCCACGGGGAAAAUGGACGUGACCUAUGAAGAUCUGAUCAUCAUGCAGAGGGACAUCAUCCUGUGCACGCCAGCCACCAUCUUCCACAGGAUCGAACCCGGCAGCCCUCUGUACACCAUGAGUCUGAUAGAUCUACGGAAAGCAGACUUUGAGCUGGUGGUGUCGUUCACCUACAUGGACGACUCCACAGGUAUGCUGCAUCAGACCCGAACCUCGUACACUCCAGCUGAAAUCCUCUGGGGUCAGCUGUUCCAGGAGAUGAUCCGGGUCAGCAGGAGGAACUACAGGGUGGAUUACACCUUGUUCAACCACACCGCCAAGGUGCUGGUGCCCGAGGUCAGCGCUGAGGACUACGAACACAAGAAGCAGCUGCGGUCCUCUCCCCGACAUUCUCUGCGACAUUCGCCGAGAUCUUCCCCGCGACAUUCGCCUAGAUCUUCCCCGUCUCCAAGGUUACAGCAGCGAAAUCAUCAUGACAAACAUCUGAAACCUCCAACGGUGACUGUUGAACUUGUGAAUGAUUGUCGCCCUGAACCAACCGUUUCUACAGCUCAAGCAGACCAUCAUCAUCAAGACACGUUGACUCUGCCAAAGGACCUCACGAAUACAGAAAUAUAGAAGCAGAGCCAUGAUGUUUGAGGCCACCAUUCAUUAAGACAUUGUGUUAAUUGUCCAUUUUUUUUCAAAGACGCGAUACUAAAGAGGAAUAUUGUGGAUGAAUCUCAUUUACUGUAAGAAUGUUGAGAGUUCUGGCUUCUGUUUUUUUAGCAUGUGUUUUUUUUUUUUUUAAAGUGACACUCCAGCCCAGAUCUGUCUUUUGAGUAUCAAACCUCUGUAGGCUUGUAAGAUGGCGCCCAUUCAUACCAAUGAGAGCUGCUCAUCCAGCACAUUAACUACGUGUUGAGGGGAUCCUUAGCUGUGCUUUUCAAAACAGAACAGGCUUAACACUACGUGUAGCCAGCUAGCAAGAGCGCUAUCAAAAAGUAUCCUCCCCAUGACACCAAAGAACAGAUAUUGAUAAGAAGGGAAAGUCAAAUCCAUUGCAACAUCAGCGCCCAGCGGCAGAGCUACGCUUCCACCAUUUUGGAUUGAAAGCGACUACCAGACGCCAGUAAACCGUCCGCCUACAAAGUGACGUAAAAAAGUAAAACUAAACUAUUUCUAUUCCAUUGUCAUAAUUUAAUGUCUUUGCCGAAAUGGCCUUUGUUGAACAAUACAAAUAUCAUAAACAUGCAUACUAUUAUAACUAUUUACUUUAGGGAUGCACCGAUACCGAUACCAGUAUCGGGGAUCAUACUCACAAAAAGGCUCCGAUACAACGGCACCGAUACCACUUUACGGCGGCGUGACGUUAACCUCUCGGCACCAUCUGUCGGGCCCUAUCGCAUGUGCUCACGCUCCACCUCCCCGACGGUGCGGGCAAAACGGGACGGUGGUGCGCCCAACCCCACGGGGCCGGGAUCCCGCCUCAGCCGGCGCGCGCCGACCCUCACUUUCAUUGCGCCACGGGGUUUGUCUUGCACCCUCUGACUCGCGCGUGCGUUAGACUCCUUGGUCCGUGUUUCAAGACGGGUCGGGUAGGUGGCCGACAUAGCCACAGAACCCUGGCACCUUCCACGUGGUCCAAGCCCCGCCCUGGGGGUACGAUGCGGCUGGGGCGUACUGAAAACAGUCCGCCCCGGUGACGCUUUGUCCACGGCCCCGGGAAGCACCUUCACCCCGAGCCUUUCCAAGCCGACCUCGAGCCGGUGGCGGCGCACCGCCUCGUAUUCGGGACUCCCCAG